AUAAACUGUAUCACUGUAUAGAAAUCAUUUCAUUAUUUGACUUUGGGGUUCUCCCAAUAAUACUCGUAGUAGGUAACACAAUACCCCUUUGAUUAAUCGAUACAGUGAAGUUGUUUAGGUGAUUCGAUGUUUCCAAGAUUGAUAAAUUCACAGGAAGAUGAAUAUAACAUACAUCAUCAUGGUCAUGGAUGUGAUGUUAAUAAUGUUAAUGUUGGGAUACAUCAUCAUCAUAAUCAUAGUGACCCAUGUCUUGUGUUAACUUCAGAUCCAAAACCUCGUCUUAGAUGGACAGCAGACCUACAUGAAAGAUUUGUUGAUGCUGUUACUCAACUUGGUGGUCCUAGUAAAGCUACCCCAAAGGCAAUAAUGCGGACAAUGGGUGUCAAGGGACUGACACUCUUCCACCUAAAGAGUCACCUUCAGAAAUACAGACUAGGUAAGCAAUCUCAGAAAGAUCUUGAUGAGGCUUCAAAAGAGGGACUUACAGCUACGUAUUCAUUAGAAAGCCCUUGUUCUGGUGGUACUCCUCAGCAGUUGCCUGCAUCGGACUUGAAUGAAGGUUAUGAAGUCAAGGAGGCAUUAAGAGCUCAAAUGGAAGUGCAAAGUAAAUUGCACCUGCAAGUUGAAGCCGAGAAGCACUUGCAAAUUCGCCAGGAUGCUGAACAAAGAUAUAUUACCAUGUUGGAGAAGGCCUGUAAAAUGCUUGCUGAUCAAUUCAUUGGUGAUGUAGUUACUGAAAAUCACCAAGAGACUUAUCAAGGAUUAGGAACAAAGACACAACUUAGCCCUUUAUGUAAUCCACAUGGAUUGUGCCCCUCGGAUUCUGCUGACAUUGUUGGAGUCCAUGGGCCAGAAGAAGUUUCCCCCAGAAUCCAUCCACAACCCACGGAUUGUUCCACUGAAAGCUGCUUAACUUCGCAUGAGAGCCCCGCUGGACUUCCACUAGAAGGAUCUUCACCUGGAGGGAAAAAACGAGGGCUAAGCGGAGAUUCAACACAUGCUUCAUAUGUUUGGGGUGAAGCAGAUAUGAGAUCAUCAGGUGUUCGCGUACUACAAGUUAAUUGCUUUGGGAUUACUGGCUCUAACGUUCAAAAUGUCUCUAAUUAAGAUAUUAGUGAUGGGUUCGUCCUUGGUCAUUGAUUUGCACAUUGCAGUUUCUAGGAAUUCCAAUGAGCCUAACUUGUCAAGCUGUAAAAUACAAGCUGAUGAUGUUCUAAUUUUAACUGCAUCUCUGUGAAAUCUUAGAUCCUUAAAGAAGGAUAAUUGUUGUGCUUUUAUAUCUUUC